AUGAACACGCAUUUUCUUUGUCUGCUGGCCAUUGCUGCCGCCCAGCCAUCAAGCCCCCUUUCGCCAGAGCAGCUCAAGCCGCUGACGAGCUUUCGGCAGCAGCAUCGUCGCCUGGUGGAUGGCCGACUGUGCGCGGCUGCGUUCGUUCAGGAUGAGCAGGUUUUCACAGGGUGCUCAGAUGUCGCGCUCUCAGAGAUUUGUGUGCCGUGCGCGCUGGGGACAUGCUGCGUGUCCACGAGAUCAGGCACCAAACCCGAAGGGAGCUAG